AAGCCAAUCACAAACAAAAAUAAACGCAAAUCUCUCAUACAGUCUCUUCUCUUCAAUUUUUUAAGUCUUUAAGCGAUCCAAAUUCCAAAUGGCCCCGAAAGCCGAGAAAAAGCCCGCCGAGAAGAAGCCCGCGGCUGAGAAGGCUCCCGCCGAGAAGAAGCCAAGAGCCGAGAAAAAGCUUCCUAAGGAUGCGGCGUCCGCAGACAAAAAGAAGAAGAGAACAAAGAAGAACGUAGAAACCUACAAGAUCUAUAUAUUCAAGGUCUUGAAGCAGGUCCAUCCUGACAUCGGGAUCUCCAGCAAGGCCAUGGGCAUUAUGAAUAGUUUUAUUAACGACAUCUUCGAGAAAUUGGCGCAGGAGGCAUCUCGUCUCGCCAGAUACAACAAGAAACCUACCAUCACUUCUCGCGAGAUUCAGACUGCGGUGCGGCUCGUACUGCCUGGUGAGCUGGCAAAGCACGCCGUGUCUGAGGGGACCAAAGCCGUCACUAAGUUUACUAGCUCUUAGGGUUUGACUGAAUUUAGGGGUUUUAUGCUUAGUUUGUAACUGAACUGCGUUUCUAGGGUUUGAUUAGUACCUUACUAGUCUUCUUAAUGCUUGUAAUUUUCAAUUGGAUGUUCGUAAUUAAUGAAAUUACGUCUGUUAUUAA